AUGACUGAUACCUGCCUCCUUCAUGGCACACGCAGCGGUUAUGCCAGCCUACAAGCACUGUCGGCCGAGCUUGUGUCUCUCAUCGUGGAGGACGAUUGCCUGAGCCUGGAAGAUCUGGCUGCCUUACGGCUGACUUGCUCUUCCCUGACUGAUGUUGCCUCAGCAGUGCUCUUUCGGCGCAUCUACAUCUCUCCCCUGGUACAGGAUCGCACUUCCUUUCUUAAGAUUUGUCACUCGCCUCGUCUCGCACAGCACGUACGCGAGGUCGAAUGGUCUGAGCUCCUCUGGUUCCCUAGUUGUUUCGAGAACUAUCUGCUCCACCCGUAUGGCUUGCGAGGCACAGAUAAUGAGUCGGAGACCGGAGAAGUCUCCGGGGCAUCUCAACUAAAUGGCGAAAAGGGAACCGAGCCUGCAGUAACGAUCGAUGAUACAGUUGUUAUCUUAGACAGGUCAUGCGAUCAGGCGUUCUGGCUCCCUGCGGUACCAAGUACUGUCCUGUCGGCUAUUUUCGAAAGUGAGACUACUGCGGAGCCCGAUGAAGGCGUCCUGCUGAUGCGCACCGAAGCCGUGAAUGGAUUCAAAUGGGCGUUCAGUGAAGCGCUCGCCCUGUUGCCCAAUCUUCACACCAUGGCCUCGCGGCCGAUGUCCCGACAUCGGGUUAUCGGGGGUUGCUAUUACCCAAUGACAGCUGGUCAUAUCCAAGUACGACUACCUGGGCGUUGGGAAGCUCCUUGGAAUUGGAGCAGUGACGGACUGUACUUGUUCAUAUUGCCGGCCAUGGCUACGAUGGAUCGUCCAGUGCGACGACUAGUUUGGGAAGACGGACUGCGGGGCAACGGUGCCUUCGGUAGGCCCGAGCCUGAAGCCUUUCGGUAUCUUGAUACCCUGAGCAUCUCUCUCGCCAAGUGGAACCUGGUCCACGGAAUACCCUCGAUAACAGAUGCCACCUUAAGUGGGGUAAAGGCGUGCCUCGAUGUCAGCAGCAAUGUUCGACAUUUGACCUUGGGAGUAGAGGGUGAAAUCAAUCGGUGGUCUCUGGUUGACACCUGCGUGAUUGAGAAAAGUCUCUUGCGGUAUUCGCCUGGCAUCGACCGAAGUGAAUGGACAAGGCUACAUUCUCUCAGUCUUAUCUCAAUGAACGUCGGAGACGAGAUGCUCAUAGCGGUUGUGAGAGAAAGUGCUGAAACUCUAUGCCACCUCUACCUCGAAGAAUGCAACAUGACACUUAACAGGGUCAAGAAGCUCUCUAAAAUCCCCAAGCUCAAGCUCCAGUCGGUUCGAGUUCUUAGCGAAUACCCACGGCAUCAGUGCCAUCUGAUUCCAGAAAGGAAGCUCCUUGACUACCUGAACCACCAGGUCAUUCCUGAAGGCGAAGAUGUUGAUAUGUGUACUUUUCAGGACCAGAAAUUGGAGUUUAUCGACGAUGAUGACGAUGACUUUGAUCUCAACCUUGGCAUUUACUAUAAAGACAAUCAUUUCCGCAUGUUUGAUGAUGACUGCCCAGAGUUUUUAGCUACGAGGCUCGUCAUGACGCUACCAGCAUUUAUGAUUGGCGAUAGUUCUCUUGAUGACGAUGAGUUCGAGAUUAAGCAGGUCGAUAAGCGAGGCUAUAGUGACGACUGGGUCGGCAAGACUGACCUUGACCUCAUUGACAGCGUCUCUGUUACCGAGUCGGAAGAUAGUGUGACGGAACGGAUACGCAAUGGGCCUAAAUGGUUUUGGGGCAGCUACUUUCAUGACUUUCAUGAACGUGCUAUUGAGGGAGAAAUAUAUUUUAUGCAGGUCGAUGACAUACAUCCUCAAGGAUGGCCCACAACAAUUUGGAAAUUCACUAGCCGGGAGGGUCUCGUGUACUAUGGCCAAGACCCCUUAGAGGCCUUUGAGGAAUGGGACACGGAACAAGGCGAUCUAGAAGAAGCAACCCCAUAUGGAAGAGAUAUGGAACUUGCCAUUUCCCAAACAAAUGACAGGCCUCCGGAGGGCGCGUGGCUUUAUGACAUUUCCGAGGCUAAGAGGGCACGAGAAUGGGGUCAUUAG